UUUGCGGCUCUUUUGAAUUUCUCAAACUGUUUACUUCUUACUAAGGGGCCCUGGCUAUCUCUUCUUACAGGUUGAGGUGUGCCUGGCAAAAUGUUGGAUACACAAGACAGUGACGAAGAUAAACAGAAUGUACUUGUUGCAAAAAUAGACAAUGUGAAGAAUGUAUCACAGCUUUUGAAAGCAGUACAUUUUAAAGAGAGUGCAGUGGUGGUGGUAACAUCUGAUGGAUUGAAAGUUACUGUGGAAGACAGCAAGUGUGUGCAGGCAAAUGCAUUCAUACAAGCUGACAUGUUCCAGCAAUUUGUGCUCAGUCAAGAGACAUUGUCCUUCAAGAUAAACCUGUCAGUGCUGCUAGAGUGCCUGAACAUUUUUGGCUCUGGCGGUACGGCAGGUGCCACCACAGCUCUCAAGAUGUGCUAUGCGGGAGACGGUCAUCCACUCGUAAUUGUGCUAGAGGAGAGUGGCGUGCUCACAGACUGCUCCAUCAAGACGCAACUGCCGGAGGACACGAUGGAUUUCAACUUCAACAGCUCCGAUGUAGUCAACAAAACAAUCAUCAGGUCUGACUGUCUGCGGGAGGCGCUGGCGGAGAUGGACGGCGACUGUGACCUGAUGGAGUUGGUGUUUUGUCCCACUCCACCGUUACUGCAGUUCGCCGCCGUCGGAGCCGGUAUCGAGUCAAAGGUGGAGGUGGCGGGCGACUCGGACCUGGUCGAGCUGUUCCAGUGCCCGCGCACCAGCACCAGCCGCUACCGGCUCGCCCUGAUGAAGCUCUCGCUGAAGCCGCUCGCCCAGUCGCAGAAGGUGUCGCUGCGCACGGACGCGCGUGGCUUCCUCUGCCUCCAGUACAUGAUCAAAACGGACGACGGACACAUCUGCUUCGUCGAGUUCUUUUGCUCUCCAGAAGAGGAUUGAACACAGCUGAAGCUACCAUUGUUAUCUUUGUUGUUCAUUCAUGAAUCGUCAUUGUAUAUUAUCUCCAUACCAUUCCAUGUUUUUAUAUGAACACGCAAUAUAUGAUCCAUUACUUGUAUCA